GAUGCCAGGGCGUGGGACUGAGCACCAUGCCCAUCACGCAGGACAAUGCCGUGCGCCACCUGCCCCUCCUGUGCCAGUGGCUGCAGGGCAGCCUGCGGGAGGGCGGGACAGGCCCCGAGCAGCGGCUGUGCCAGGCGGCCAUCCGCAAGCUGCAGGAGUACAUCCAUCUAAACUUCGCCGUGGAUGAGUGCUGCGCGUCGGUGCCCCCUGACCCCAGUCCGCCUGAGAUGGAGAUCUGCACCGUGUACCUCGCCAAGGAGCCAGGCGAUGGCGACACGGUGGGCCUCAGCUUCGGGAACAUCCCCGUGUUCGGUGACUAUGGGGACAAGCGCCGAGCGGGUAAGAAGAGGAAGCCACCGCCGGGGCCCGUGCUGGACGUGGGCUGCAUCUGGGUGACUGAGCUGAGGAAGAACAGCCCGGCUGGGAGGAGUGGCAAGAUCCGGCUGCGGGAUGAGAUCCUGUCCCUGAAUGGGCAGCUGAUGGUCGGGGUGGACGUCAGCGGGGCCAGUUACCUGGCUGAGCAGUGCUGGAAUGGCGGCUUCAUCUACCUGAUCAUGCUGCGGCGCUUCCGGCACAAAGUCCAGUCUCCGUACAACGGCGGUGGCGGCCCCAGCGCCGAGCCCGGAGAGGCUCCAGCAUUGCAGCUGGCUGACCGGACUGUGAAGAAGAGCAAAAGGACAAGGAAGUUUGGCGUCAUUUCCAGACCCUCCACCCACAAGGCUACAGAGGACACCACGAGUAGCACUGGCUGCGAGUUGGACAGCGACCCCUCGGCUGAGCUGGACCCUAGCCCAGACCCCAUACUGGGCAAUGGUCAUGCCUUCGAACUUGAAAAUGGUCCCGAUUCUCUCAAGGAGGUGGCUGGAGCCCAGCUAGAGAGAUCGGAAGUAGACAGAGAGGCAGAUGCUCCUCUGUCCGCCAGCCACGACAAAUGCCACCUCUCAAAAUCUGCCAAGACAGACGUCCAGUCAAGCGAUUGCCCGGCUCGGGAGGAAGUCGGCCGGAUAUGGAAGAUGGAGCUGCUGAAAGAGUCAGACGGGCUGGGCAUUCAGGUUAGUGGCGGCCGAGGAUCAAAGCGCUCGCCUCACGCUAUCGUGGUCACUCAAGUGAAGGAAGGAGGUGCCGCUCACAGGGAUGGCAGACUGGCCUUGGGCGAUGAGCUGCUGGUGAUCAACGGUCACUUGCUGGUGGGACUCUCGCACGAGGAAGCCGUGGCCAUCCUCCGCUCGGCCAGCGGGGUGGUCCAGCUGGUGGUAGCCAGCAAGGAAAACUCUGCCGAGGAACUCCUCCGCUUAACAGCCAAGAGUCUGCCCGACCUGGCCAGCUCGGCAGAGGACGUGUCCUCCUGGACGGACAAGGAAGACCAGGAGCCGGACGCGGAUGAGGACGUAGGAGCCAGCGCCUCUUCCAGCCGGGGCACAAUGCUGGGGUCAGACGAGUCGCAGGAGGACCUCAAGGGGAACCUGGAGAGUCCCAAGCAGGGCAGCAAUAAAAUGAAGCUCAGGAGUCGCCUGUCAGGGGGUGUACACCGUUUAGAGUCUGUUGAGGAAUAUAACGAGUUAAUGCUGCGGAACGGGGAUCCCCGGGCCAGGAUGUUGGAGGUUUCCCGAGAUGGUCGGAAGCACUCACUGCCCCAGCUGCUGGAUUCCACCAGCACCUCACAGGAGUACCAGAUCGUGAAGAAGUCCACUCGCUCGCUCAGCACCACGCAGGUGGAGUCACCCUGGAGGCUCAUCCGACCCUCGGUCAUCUCCAUCAUUGGGCUGUACAAAGAGAAAGGCAAGGGCCUGGGCUUCAGCAUUGCCGGAGGUCGCGACUGUAUCCGAGGCCAGAUGGGGAUUUUUGUCAAGACCAUCUUCCCCAAUGGAUCAGCUGCGGAGGAUGGAAGACUGAAAGAAGGGGACGAAAUCCUAGAUGUGAAUGGAAUACCAAUCAAGGGCUUGACGUUUCAAGAAGCCAUUCACACCUUUAAGCAAAUCCGGAGUGGAUUGUUUGUCUUAACAGUACGCACAAAAUUACUGAGCCCCAGCCUGACGCCAUGUUCAACACCCACCCACAUGAGCAGAUCCAGCUCCCCGAAUUUCAACGCCAGUGGGGGCACCACAGCCGUGGGCCCUGACGAGGGCAAUUCUUCAUCCCUGGGCCGGAAGACGCCUGGUCCCAAGGACAGGAUUGUUAUGGAAGUCACACUCAACAAAGAGCCGAGAGUCGGACUGGGCAUCGGGGCCUGCUGCCUGGCUCUGGAGAACAGCCCUCCGGGCAUCUACAUCCACAGCCUGGCGCCUGGAUCCGUGGCCAAGAUGGAGAGCAACCUGAGCCGUGGAGAUCAGAUCCUGGAAGUGAACUCGGUCAACGUGCGCCACGCUGCUCUGAGCAAGGUCCAUUCCAUCCUGAGCAAAUGCCCCCCAGGACCUGUGCGCCUGGUCAUCGGCCGGCACCCGAACCCAAAGGUUUCGGAGCAGGAAAUGGAUGAAGUGAUAGCACGCAGCACUUAUCAGGAGUGCCGAGAGGCCAGUGCUUCCCCCGGCUUAGGCACGCCCUUGAAGAGCCCCUCUCUUGGGAAAAAGGACUCGCUGUCUUCGGAGGCCGAGCUCUCGCAGUACUUUGCCUCGGAUGCCCCGGGCCCCUUGUCAGACUUCGUGGUGACCGUGUCUGAAGACGAGGAUCACCUGGGAAGUGGCUGCAGCGCCCUGGAGGACGGUAGCCUGCCACUCGCCCCUUCCACUCCCAAGGAGUCAGGCAAAGCCAGGGCCAACAGCCUCGUGUCCCUCGGAAGCCACCGGACCUCUGGACUCAUCCACAAGCAGGUGACAGUGGCCAGACAAGCCAGCCUCCCCGGCAGCCCGCAGGGGCUCCGAAACCCUUUCUUCCGCCAAAAGAGGGUGGGCAACGAUGCCAGCGACGAAGACGAGGAGGACGGGGACUACAUGUCCCUCCCGGGCACCCUGGCAGAUCCCAGCAGGCUCCUGACCCAGGACAGCUCCGGACCCGGCUUGUCCAGCUCUCCCCGAGUCACCGGCCACCACAACCCAGAGGAAGCACCGCCCAAGACACGGGUCAGCAAGGCCUCGUCGGUCCCUCUGCUUGGUGGCCCGCUGGACUCGGAGCAGAGUAUCCCCGGAGCUCGAGGGGACGCUCCUGCCCAGGCAGCCGGCCUGCAGGCUUCAGGUGCGGCUUGCACGGGUGGCGCCGGCUGCUCUGGGAGGAAGGAGCUCUCGGCCUCAAGGAGCUCCCCGAAGCUGGAGUACAAAGCAGCCGCGGGCCCCCAGAGCCUGCUGGUCCCCGAGGGCCCCAGCCCCCCGCAGCAGCAGCAGCAGAAUGACGUCCUGGUGUCCAGGCACAAGCCUGUGGCCAGGGUCAUCCCACACCGCCAGAGGCCAGACGCCGAAGCCCAGAGCUCAGAGACGUCAGAGAUGCCCAGUGCUGCCCAAGACCUGCCAGCCCUGACCACGCUCAGUCCAGGGACCAGAAGGGCGGGAAAGGAGCCUCUGGGAAAGCUGAGCAGGGGGCAUGGCUGCGUCCCUUCCGAUGGGAUGCCAGCAAGUCCUCCCCGUCCUCCAGACACUGGCCAGCACACAGAGCAGCUGCAGGAAGCCGCAGCAGAGCGAGGGCGGCUAUCCAGGACGGGCCUGGACAGCUCCUCUGACAGCAUCCCUGUCCCGCAGCAGAAGGGGGCGGCUGCCCCGGACCCUAGGCAGACCUCGGAGGAUGCAGCCCAAGCCAGGAGGCCUGUGAUGCAUGUGGAGGCAGAAGGCUGUCCAGCCAGACGGGAGCACAGCACGUCCCCGAGGAGGGCCCAGCCCGACAGCAGCCAGAUGUCGGCGGCCAGGGUGACCCCUGGCCCCAGGGUGACCGCGGCCCACAGUGGGGCACCCGCGGGAGCCCCCCAAGCCAGUGAGUUGUCGGCAGCGGUGGCGGCAGCGGCACGGGCCCAGGGCAGUGGUCAGGGUCAGUCCUCACUGCUGGCGUCCCUGCAACCCGACCGGCCUCUCGCGGUCAGCAAGAGUUUCCUGAGCAGCUACUCCCGGAACUUCAGCAGCUGCCGCCAGGAGGCGGCCAGCGCCUCCACGUCGGAGCCGUCCGUCAUGUAUGGUGGUGCCGAGGACUCGUCCUCUGACCCCGAGUCACUGGCCGAAGCCCCCCGGGAGGGCUGGGCACCCCUGGCUGCAGCCCCAGAAGAUGCCGCUGCUGAAUCUGAGGAGGAGCCAGUGGAAAUGUGCUCUCGCCGCAGCUCCCCCAGCUCGGGGGUGCCCAGAGCACUGCCGCUAAGGCUCGGCACCCCGGGGAACGCGGCUGGGGCCCCUCGAGACAGGCCCACCCUCAGUCCUGCAGCCUCUGUGGGCUCCCGGCGGCCCUCUCCUGCCGAGGACGUUGCACCAGCAAGGGCCAGCAGCCCGCCUAUCGCGAUCACCAGGUGCCCACAGCAGGCCCCGCCCCGGGCACCGGCUGUGGUGAAUGGUCUGGAGCAUGACCUGCUGGACGGCAGAACCCCUGGUGGAAACCAGGAUGUGGACACUCUGGCCAGGGGGCUGCCGUGCUCCUGGGUCAAGGUGGGCCCCCAGGACGGGGGCACCGUGAGCACAGACCUGCACAUUUCCGAGGACCCGGACCCGGAGGACACACCCCUGGGCCUCCACGGCAGCUCCAGAAGGCCCAGAACAGCCUGUUCCCCAGACCCCCACACCAGCAGCCCCGGUGUCCAUGGGCCCAGCCGGGCCGAGAAGGGGCGUCCGGCCGUGCCCGCCAGCAGUCCGGAGGCCCGAAACCCUGGGGUGGGCUCAGCCCCCAGAAAGGGGAGUACCACAGCUGUGCCCAGCAGCCCUCCGCCACCGAGACAGAGUCUGGAGAACAGAGAUGCGCCCAAGAAAAAUUCGGCGGAGGCACUACCCAGCAGUGGCCAGAAAGCCAGGGCAGGGUCCAGGCUGAGGAGACUGAGCUUGAAGGGCAGAAGCAAAGCGGGUGCCGAGGCCCCCGCCACCAAGAGCUCAGGGUCUGAUCCCAAGAGACCCCUGGGGUCACCGCAGAACCCUCCCAAAAUGUUCUCCAAGGUAGUGUCACAGAGGCUACAAAGAGCAGAGCUAGGGGAGUCAGACCCCAAGUCGCCAGCCAGCCCCUCGCCUGCCCGGGGUGGGUUGGAGAACAAGCCCCCACCUGCCGCCCCGGGGCCCCUGCGGCUCUCGGCCUUGGACACCAGCAUCAGGACCUGUGUGUCCCCCCUGACCUCGCCCAGGACUCCUCCCGAGCUGGCUGCGUGCAGGUUGCAUGUGGCGGCCCACUCCUCAGAAACCGACAGGGGUGGUCCCCGACCGCCCAAGUGUGGCCCCGAGAACAGGACGCCCCCCACAGCCUCCAGAAGCACCGGGGGGCCCCCCAGCACCAAGCCGGACACGGAGCAGCCAGGGUGCGGCCAGGCGGGUUCCAGCCCAGAGGCCGCCCAGCCCGGGGUGAGCGGCCAGCGAAGUGGUAGGGCCACGGCUGGCGAUGCCCGGGAAAGGACCACACAGCUGAAAAUCGUGGAGAUCCCCACGGAGGGGACAGCCCAGAACGCAGGUGAGGAUGGGCCGGCAGGAAGCAGCAGACCGGGCGGUGUGGAGAGGCGUGAACUCAGAUUGGGUGUCCCGCCAUCGGGGCCAUCGGCCCCCACUCACCCAUCAUCAGCCCUGCCUUGGGCCGCCCCGGCAGAGCCAGACACGCAGCCUCGAUCUCUUGGCGUGGCCAAACUGGCUUCGUGCCCAUCCUCCUCCUUCUCCUCUUCGUCCUCCUCAUCCUCCUCGUCCUCCUCCCAGCCCCUGUGCUCUGCACAGGUGAACAGCUCCCCGGCCAGGUCAGACUUCGGGGGGAUGCCCAGGGACAGCUCCUUUGCGGGCGCCGGGCUGGGAGACCCCCCCUAUUACAUGCCCAGGCCAGCGACCAGGACCUACUCCAUGCCUGCCCAGUUCUCCAGCCUCUUCGGGCGGGAGGAACCUUCCGCCCACAACCCGGCUCGAGCUCCUGCUCCCCGGGACAGUCCUGGGUGUGCGACCACCCCGGAGGCCAGGGCCCCGAGAGGCCACGGGAUGCUAGGCCUGGCCAAUGGACAGGGCCUAUACAGCGUGAAGCCCCUGCCGGAGACACGGGACCUGCCGCUGCUGACGACGACGGGCGAGGGAGAGGUGAGCUGCCUAGCCACCGACAGAGUCCGGGGUGGCAGGAGGCACUACUGCCCGGAGCAGAACUGGCCGCCCGAAUCUACCUCAUUCUUCUCGGUCAAGCAGCGCAUCAAGUCUUUCGAGAACCUGGCCCACAGUGACCGGCCGGCCGCUAAGGCCGGGGCGUGCCCCUUUCUGUCAGUGAGCACCAAGCCGCCUAUCGGGAGACGGUCCUCGGGCAGCGUGGUCCUGGGGAGCCUGGGUCACGCUGGGGACCCCACCCCGAGGUCCCUGAGGCGUAGCCUGAGCUCCUGCAACGAAAGCCAAAGCGAAGGUGGUGGCAUCCUCGUCCCCCAGCUGAGCAAGUCACCGUCCAGCGCUAUGCUGACAGGCCCCCGGCAGAGCCCAGCAGCAGCGGACAGCAGAGGAGGCCCUGAGACAGACCCUAGGAAACCCCUCGGGCCUUCAGGCAUCGUCCCCACGGCCCCCGUCCCCUCGGCCUCUCCCGCCAAAAGGAACAGGUCCUCCGUGCGCCAUGCCCAGCCAUCGGCCACCCUGUCCCGCUCGAAGCUGCAGGAGCUGAGGGCCCUGAGCAUGCCUGACCUGGACAAGCUCUGUGGUGACCCCCUGGCCGGGCCCACGGCCGUGCUCUUCAAGACAGAGCUGGAGAUUGUGCCCCGGAGGUCGCUGGGCUCUCCAGCGGGAUGCCCUGAUGGGCCCCCAGCCCCCUCCUGCCCUGGACCCGGGGAGGACAGGGCCUCUCCGAAAGCCAGUGAGCCGGGUCUACCUCCUGGAACGAGCUGGUCGGUGAAUUUGGAUCGGCUUCUGGCCUCGGCAGGGGACCAGCAGAGAUUACAGUCUGUCUUAUCAUCAGUUGGGUCCAAAUCAGGAGUUGUGACUCUAAUUCAGGAGGUGCAAGGACAAUCAGAGGACAAAGAAGAUGUUUACUUUGUCGUCCUGAACAAAAAGGAAGGCUCAGGUCUGGGAUUCAGCGUGGCAGGAGGGUCAGAGGUGGACCCCAAGUCGACUGUGGUCCAUAGGGUAUUUUCUCAGGGGGCGGCUUCUCAGGAAGGGACCGUGGACAGAGGUGACGUCCUUCUGUCAGUCAAUGGCAUCUCGCUGGCCGGCUUAGACCACGGUGAUGUUGUGAAGGUCCUGCACCAGGCACAGCUACACAGAAAUGUCCUCGUGGUCAUCAAGAAAGAGAGCGUUCAACCCCCACCCACGCCCCAGCAGGAGCCCCCCACCGCCAAUGGGAAGGGCUCUCUGGCCGGAAGAAGCUCCCCGCCGGAGCCUGCACUGGGUUCUCGCGGGGCCAUUCCCGAUGCCGUAUGUGUGCAGGUGCUGAAGACGGCGGCGGGGCUAGGCCUGAGUCUGGAUGGCGGGAACGCGGCCAUGUCUGCAGAUGGACCCCUGUUCAUCAAGAGAGUGUACAAAGGUGGUGCCGCUGAACAAGCCGGAACAAUAGAAGCUGGAGAUGAAAUCCUUGCCAUCAACGGGAAGCCCCUCGUGGGGCUCAUGCACUUCGAUGCCUGGAAUAUUAUGAAGUCUGUCCCCGAGGGGCCCGUGCAGUUGGUGAUCAGAAAGCACCGGAAUUCUUCCUGAAUCCAGCCCACACCGAGCCGGCGGGCGGUGCUUGUUCUGUUCUGUUUUGUUUUGCUAAGAACCUCCUC